AUGGGAUCCAUCGGUGAACCCGCCCUAAAGGGCGUAGAGCAGGACGACCUGGUGAUGCCACUGAUCGAUUUUGGACUCUUCCUCCACGGCUCUCCGGACGUCAAGCAAGCGACGGCCAAGCAGAUCUCGCACGCCUUCAAGACCUCCGGAUUUCUCUACCUACAAAAUCACGGCGUGCCUGAGGAAGAGACAUCGCAAGCCUUCUCCAAAUCCGCAUCGUUCUUCGCGCGCCCCCAGUCCCAGAAAGACGCCCUGGGCUGGACGACGCCGGACGCGAACCGCGGGUACGUGGCGUCGGGCCGGGAAAAAGUGACGCAGCUGCAAGACCCGGACGAGAUCGCCAAGCUGCGCGGCACGAACCCGGACCUGAAGGAGUCGAUGGAGAUCGGGCGCGAGGGCGUCGCAGGGAUGCCGAACCGGUGGCCGGAAGCGCUGGACGACGAGGGCGCGGCGUUCACGGCGCACAUGCAGACCUUCUUCCUGACGCUCAAGGAGCUGCACGUCAACGUGAUGCGGGCCAUCGCGCUCGGCAUGGGCCUGGACCAGCACUUCUUCGACGCCUUCACGUCCGACGGCGACAACACGCUGCGCCUGCUGCACUACCCGCCGGUGAAGAAGAGCGUGUGGAAGAAGAACCCGAACCAGGUGCGCGCCGGCGAGCACUCCGACUACGGCAGCAUCACGCUGCUGUUCCAGGACGACAUCGGCGGCCUCGAGGUCAAGUCGCCCAAGGGCACCUGGGUGCGCGCCACCCCGAUCCCCGGCACCAUCGUCGUCAACGCCGGCGACCUGCUCUCGCGCUGGAGCAACGACCUCAUCCGCAGCACCAACCACCGCGUCAUCCAGCCGCCGCCCAAACCUCUCGCCGACGGCGAGCGAGAUGACCCCGACGCCCUCAUCCCCGCGAGGUACAGUAUCGCCUACUUCUGCAAUCCGAACUUCGACAAGUAUAUCGAGGCAUUGCCCGGGACGUACGAGGAGUCCGGGAAGAAGUACGAGGGGAUCAAUAGUGGUGACUAUCUGAUCAUGAGGCUUGCUCAAACUUAUUGA